UUUUAUAUAUAUAGAUAGAUAGAUAUAGAUAUAUAUAACAAAAAAGAUGAUUAUAUUUGAGAGAGAGAAAUAAUAGAAGUGUUGUGAUUGUAUUUCAGAUAGUGGAAACUUGAAAGUAUUGACUUAAGCUCAUAGAAAAAUAUAUUGAGCUUCUCUCAGUGAAAUGUAAAUGGGUUCCUGCAUUGUGUUAUACUAAAACAACUUUGGUAUGCUAAGUUGCUAAUUAUAAUGUAUACUAAUUUUUUUUAAUACUAAGAGAAUUUUGAUGGUAAACCUUACAGUACUUCUGCAGUGAACACGUAAUCGUAUUUCACAAAGGAAGAAAUAAAUACCAAGAACAUUUGCUUGUUCCAUCUUCCAAAAAGGGUGGAAGUUAAAAUUUGUGGCUUCUAGCCUUGUACUGCAAAACAGAAUAAUCUUUCCUAACUGAGACCUAGAAUCAAUUAUCUUUAUUGUGUGGUUGAUUAAAUACCUGUUUAAUUUUAAGUCUUAUUAGCCUCUAUUUGAAUGCAAUGGUUCUACUGCUAGACAAAUUUAUUAACUGAAGUUAAACUAUGCCGUAAUUCAAAGUAGCUGCAUCUGACCAACUAAUACAUCUUUAUUGCCUACUUCUUCGCUAUUAUGGCUUUGGCAUUUUUAUUGUGAAUUAGGAGGUAUGUAGAGUUUUGGAGCAUUUUCUAGGUAAUUGAUAAGAGAGGAGCCACUCACACAGCCACCAUUGUGGUACAAUAUCAGAUGAGGUAACAAAAUCUAACGUGAAGACAUUAAGGAUGAAUAUGCAUAUUCCGUUUUACCCUUUUAGUCCUUUAAAUGUGAUCAUUUUGCUCUGUGAAACAAAGUAUAAUACCAAUCUGAGUAAUUUCUUCUACAACUUCACAUUCAGAUCCACUGCUAUUAAUUUUAUUACAUUUUAUAUUUAUUCCAUUAGCUUACUUUUAUGACCAACUAGGUAGCAAAUACAAGGGUCGUGUUUUCUAUAUGUAAAAUUCAUAUUUAAUUCAUAUUGAAUUUCAUGCUGUCACCUUCAUUUCCUUAAGCUUUCCAUGUCUUUCCUUCCGAUUCCUUUUCCUUUCACCAAAGCUACUUCCAUCAUUUCCCAAUACCCUGAGACUUGUGAACGCAUGUGGAAAUUCUGUGGGGACCAGUCGCAAGCAGCCGCUAUCCUCGUUUGCUGGAAUAACUUUCAUUGGGCAAGGACAGCAAGAUGCCUUUUCUAGCAGAACUGCUUCGCUCUAAAAGUUGCUAAAGUCAUCCUUGGGUAAUUGGUGAUGUCAUCAGGUGAAGCGCAUGUGUCUAAAGGCACUUUCUUCAGCUAAGCUACAUGUGAAACACUGUGGCUUAGUGUGCCCACUCCAUACUGCAAGUGAUUUAACAUUAAGAGAAAUGUUGAGAGGUCCCUCAUUUUGCCAUGGUAUUGCCUGUCUCUUCUCCAGAACCAUUUGGGAUAAAAGAUUUAUAUCUUGCACAGGAUUUUUAAUAGAUGCUGAUGUUUGGGAAUUGUUCAAAUGAAAUGUCUCUGCUAGCAUUGCUGAGGUAUUUUUCUGGUGGUGUUGUUUGGGCUGGUUUGGUUUGGGGUUUUGUUUGGGGUUUUUGUUUUUGUUUCAGUUGGGUGGGGGUUUUUUUAGCAAGGAUCAAAAAUUAUCUACUUCUAAAUUGCAAGGUCAAGGAACAUGAGCAUUUCUUUGUCUUAUAUGAGCAGCAGUGUGCAAUGUAAGACUCAUAAUAUGUAGAUUCUAAGCUUUGCCUAGUGUUUAUACUUUUUGGUAUGGAAAAUGUCUGUAUCUUGGAAACCAUUUAAUAAUAAUGUCUUUAGCACAAACUUUUUAUUAAAACAAACAAACAAACAAACCCCACAAACAAACAAACAAAAAAAAAACACCACAACUACAAAAAUUAAGUCAACCUUUAGAGUUUCCUCUAGGAAGAAAUGCUUUCUGUUCUAAAAUAAAGUCUAUUGUAUACCAUAAAUAUCCAGGGGUUUCUUUACCAGAGAGAUAUUUUACAGCAUUUCUAGAGUUGUUCACUUUAUCUCUCACGUCUGUCCCCUAUGUUGUAUCCUGUCCUAGGUUUCCAUUAAGACCUCUCUUACUGCAUUCUCAAAAGCUAUAGCUUUGUAUCUUAAUCAUCUCCUGCUUCUUGCCAAAACCACUGCAGAAACACAUAGACUAGACAAAAGAAGUAAUCCAUCUCAAAUAUUUAUGUUGGAAAAGUCUUUUGGAAAGUACCUGAGUUGAAUGAGGUUUCUGUUCCAUCCUCACACACUAUGAAAGUGGCCCAGAGUAGAAUUUAAAAUGGAGCAUAAAUUUGCAGAGCAAGGGAUGUUUCUCAAAAAAUGUUUGUACUACUGGUCUGAAAUUCUGUUGGUAAUUUUUAAGCUGUUUUAAAUUCAAUGCAGAGUUUUGUGUUACUUGUAUAUAUUUUAAAAGAAAGUUUGGGAACAAAUUCCAGGAAGAACCCAAUCUUAAAGAUGGCUGACCAAAUGUGUUGACACAUUUGUCAAAGUUUCGAAAGAUUUUUAAACUACCAAAAACAAGAAUUAAGAGACGCAUACUCUCCACAGACCUACACACAUUCAGAUUUUUUUUAAAAUGUAAUUGAAUUUUAAGGUAUUGAUUUACUUUCAUAGUUCAAUUUACUAGCUUAAACUACUACUAAGUAAGGUGUGUGUCUGCUAACUGAUGCAUAUGCAUCUUUCAGGAGCUACUAGAAAGAUUUUUGAGUUUGUCCAUCCGCAUGUAUAUAAAACACUAUCCUCUUUUUGACUCCUUUUAGUCAGUUCUAUUUCAGUCUUACAAAUACACAUCCUCUGUUUACAGUUUUAAAAAUCUAAGGAACUAGUAUAUAAAAUUACACAGGUAGGUGGAAAAAAGCCAAGAAAGUGACAGCGAAACCAAGUGAAUUAACACUUUCUAGGCACAUGCUUUACUUUUAUCCUGUUACAAUUUUUAUUUAGGCAUGCCAGAUUUUCAUCACCUUCUCCUGUCAGUUCCUAACAGGAAACUUCCAUAACUAGAUGUGGAAGAAGUGUUUAUUUAAAGGAAAAAAUGUAGCUAGAGCCUAAACAGGAUUGUAGUUGGUGUAGCUUUUUCCACUUAAGUCUUAGGUUUUUAUUGACAGCUGUCAUUAAAGUUUACUGCUGCUUUUGGUUAUUUCUAAAGGUGUUUAAUACAAGCUGGCAGGGUGAACAGAAGCCAAAAUAAUUGAAGGAGGCAAGAAUUACUGGAGAAUGGAAUGAGAGGAAUGUUAAAAUAUCUAAUUAGCAGAAAAAAGGCUGAUAUAAAAGAGUAGAUUAAAAAACAGGAGACUAAAGAACAAGGACAAACCUGAACGGGAUCUGAAAUGAUAACAGAGGAGCAGGAAAAGUAAUAGUUCCCGUUUUGAGCUAGCAGGAGGUGGAAAAUAGGUGGGUUUGUCCUUUUGCAUACAGACUUCUUUUUUUAUGCUUUUGACUUUUGAAACAACACUGAUCAUGCAAAUGGUGCAGGCAGCUUCUUUCUUGAUGAGCAGCAGAAGUUGGUACUCAGUAGGGUCACUACCAGAAGUUCUUUAAAAGUGGAAAUUCUUGUUAGUGUUUAUUUUUCUAAACUGCAGGGUGUGCAGGCACAGUGGAUUACGUUAAAAGUAGAGUCCCCUGGGAGCUGUGCACGAGCAUAGUAAACGUCAGUCAUCCUGGAUCUGUUACCAUCUGUUUACAUUAAGACAGGCAAUCAGUUUUUACAGGCUGUCAUAAAACAGAAAGAUUUUUCCACUUACAUAGAAAAAAAAAUUCAAUUUCCCUCAGCUUUUUUCCCUCCUCUUUAUAGCAGUGUGAAACUGCACAGAAAUCAAGUUGAUAAUUUUGAUGGAAUAAAAAUACUGUGGCUUAAAUGGUAAGCGCUUAAGACAUGAAAAAGCAAUACAUUUAAGCUCCUGCUCUUAAAUAUGGGCAGAACUGAUUUCACUGUCGUCCAACAUUAACUUACCAAAAGAGUUCAAAUGAUGUAAUUCGGAUGUAUUAUGGUCCAUAUGGCUUUUGCAUUAAACAUAGACCUUACUUCUACAUUAACAUUUAUAAAUUUCACCUAUGCUGAAUUGAAUGCAUUAAGCCUCUGCUGAAACAAUAUUGAAACCUUUGGGUAGCCCCUUUUUACACUUUAAGCCUUCAAAACUAGUUUGCUAUUGUAGAUCACCUAGAAACCACUCUGAUUACUGUUUAUUGUUACUGUUUAUUAUUACUAUUUAGCCAGUAAUAAUGAGUGAUUGCAACUUUGUUCUUCCUUCAGUUAUGACUAUUCAAUAGCCUCUGUCUUCUGUUUGUUUCAGCAUAUUAGUCUUACCACAAAGCUAGAAUAAAAUUUCUUAGUCUUUUAAGAAGCCUAGUCUGCAUUAGAUUGUUAUCUAAUUUAUUGGCAGUAGCCAACUGAUCACCCAGUAACACGCAUGUGAAGAGUAGAGAGCUGGAGAGCAAUGGAAUAUGUAAUAUACCAAUAUGUAAAGAGGCAUUACCUAGAAAAACACUAACUUUAAUUCUGUCUCUAUUUGAUCUCUCCAAUUCUUUCAAGUUCUACACGUGGCCUGCAGGAAAAAAGUAAAUCAUUAUCCUUGGUCCUGAGAAGAUGUCUGACAAAUACACAGGAAGACAUGCAGCGAAAAAAGUAAAAAGUUAGCUGAAACAGAUGGGAAGUGCAACCAGGACCUGCCAGUUGAACAACAGUGAUGUACUGAGGAAAAUAAAAAUGAAAUUUAUUGUGGAAAAUGAUGACAGAUUUCAAACAUAUCACAGGUUCAGAGAAGGAAUUUGGGCAGAUUAGCUUAUUGUCAUAUCAAAGAAAUGAAAAUUCCUGUAUCACAAUAAUCUAUAUGAACCCCAUCAUUUAAAUGACAUCACGGAAUGUCCCAUAUAAUCCCUCAGCUGAACUAGCUGGCCAAAGCUCUCUGCAAAGAUUCUGUGAACAGGAAUUUAUAAUAAGGAUCAGAAAAUUACUUUCUGAAGGUGCCAACCAUUUUGAUUUCAUAGAACAAAAGCUUCUAUUCAACUACUUCACUGAGAUUUUAGGGACAAAUACCUAUUCCAUGUACAUCUAGUCAACUCUCGGCUUGUGUCCCUUAAGAUUAUGAUUUCAAAUUACUGUUGAAUUUCUCUCUUAAUUGUCUGUUAAUUGUCCUCACUGGCCAGCUAAGAGAUUCAAACACCCACUCUACAUACCUUGUUUAAUGUUUAACUCAUUGUGCUACUACUGCCACAGGUAACUACAAAAUUUAUGUUGAAGCUUUCAACCAAACUCUUACUGAAUUGCACUGCUAGAAGACCUUCUGCUUUGCUGACUGCUUAAAACAAGAUUUAAAGAAACAGAAGGAUUAUCAGAAAAGAAUAAGGCAAAUAAAACUUGAGAACAAAUUAUGUCUGUCACUGAGAUUACAGAGGAAGUCAGUAAGAUACUUAGGGUCAAUUUUCAGGAAUUUUAGCCCUUGUUUAAUGGUGGAAUUAUUUUCUUUGAAAAAUAUUGCACUUGGUUUCUCCCUGAGGAUAUGGGGAAAUUACUUGCCUUCAACAGAUCUAGACAGACAGAUGAGACUUUUUCACCAGUGCCCAUCUAAGUUUGUAGACUGCUCUGGAUGUGGCCCAAGAUGCAAGUUUGUUUGCAGGGAAGUCUUAGAAAAACCCCUGCACUUGUAGCAGGACAGCUAUUUUCUCUCCUGCUCUGGGAUCCCAGAAAGAGAAGUAGAUCAAGCCUGGCAGUGAGGAGCGUUAUUGCACAGAUCGAUGGCUCCAAAGAGCAAGAGAAGCUGAAAGAAAAGUGUUUCCUUGCUGUUUCCUUGAGAGAGGUAGGAAGUGCUCUAAAAGUUGGUUACAUGCUAAAUGUCAACCAAAUGAAACAUGAAAAGCAAAAGGAUGGCACUGGUGAGAGAUCCAAACUCCAAGCCCCAGCCACAGUGCUGUACUCCAGCUGGUCCCUGCAGAGUGGGGAGUAAUCCCCUUUUCUGAGAAUAUGAGGACAAAGGUGCUCACAGAAAAAAAAAAAAGGGAGGGGGGAAGAAAUAUACCAUCCUCAGUACUGCAGAAGAAUGACAGAAAAAAUCAUCAAGGAGCACUAGUUUAUUGCACAAGGUUAGAGGGAAAGCCAGCUCCUUAGGUCUGGCAGGCAGCAGCUGGCAGGCAGUAGAUUGCUAUUGAUGAGAGUUACCUCACUACCUGUGCUUAACUUUUAUGAGAGCUUUAAUGCAGCAGAGAAGGGCUCUGCACAGUCAGAGCUUUGCCCACCUACAGGUACUGGUUUCUUGGAUACACUAGUAGUUGAGCUCAGCUUAUAGUCAAUGUUUCAUUUUUUCCCUUGAUGCAACCUGGUUUUCUUAAAAAAAAAAACUCCUUGAUCACAGAGAUCUUGUAGAUGCCCAUGCCAGGAGCAUGCACAUAUUUUAUAAUGGUACUGUUGCAUUAGUCACAUGGGAGAAAACAACUUUUUCUGAGAUGGGUGGCCACCUAUAGAGGUGCUCUACAGUCUGGCUAACCAGCAAGACGGCUGGCCACCAUUUGCUGACAGAGGAAUGAGCAGCCUGUACAGGCCAAACUGAAGAAACCUCGGAGAGAAACCCAUCACAUGCCAAAUAAAUCUGUCUUUCUUUGCAGCUGACAUGAUGGACGUUUUUCUCAAACAUCUACAGAUUUUUUGCUUUCACUAUGUUGAAAACAUACUCUGCAAGUAUCUGUAUUUCGUUUGUGCUUAAUCAGAAACAAUCAGCCAGCUCAAGCAGCUGUGAAGUUGUGAAGGCCAUCACUAGUGACCUGUUUCUGCUGCUGUUAAAAAAGCAAAUCGCGGAGAAGUCUUAAAUCAAGAUAGAAAAUAUUCAUUAUGCAAAGAGCGUAACUUCAGAAAGCAGCUGUCCUCACACCACUGUGUAAGAGGCAUUUACUUUUCCCAUGACCUGAAGUUUAACUAAGAGCUGUCCAAAUAAAGGCAUGAUAGCUGUGACGUUUCCGUCCAAGCCCCUGUCCCUAUGUGAGGACAGGCAGGACACGUCCCAGGGGAUGCAGUGAUGCUAGCCACAAGUGGGAACUGGACAUUUGUGGUCUGUUUUAUUUCUAACAGCUUCCAUCUGAUAGGCUGUCCUGGAAUCCCCGAGGUGUGCUGGGGAGCAAGUAUGAGCAGAAAGAAAACAAUUAAUUUAUGGCAGUUUUGUAAACAUUUGUUAAGGGGGAUGGUGAGAUAGGGACCCGAAUUUCAUGCGUUCCCAGAGGUGGUGGGGAGAGGAGUGAUGUAUAAGUAUUGCUCUAUAAGGACCCGAUGCUGCUAAUGAUCACGAAUUCCUCCAAAUCCGGCCACUCCGCCUGUGGUCUUCUCUCCAGCUGCUUCUCCCGGGGCUCCGCCGCCCUCCCCUGGGGCUGCCACAGGCGGCUGGCGGGCCGGGCCGCCCCCGCUCAGCCGCCGGAGGGAGCGGAGCUGAGCAGUCCCUGGGCUCCCCGCCCGCCCUCGGCGGCGCAGGUGGCGGUAGCGGGGGAGGGCCGAGAACCGCCAUCCCCAGGAGAAGGGACACGGCGAGCGGCAAGUUAACUCUGGGAUACUAACCAAGGGUUAGAAAUGCUGAUGCUUUAUAGUGGUAGUCUUCCUGCCAUCCUCACCUUUUUCUUCCUUUAAGAUGCCACAUGAAGUGAUGCAGAAAGCUAUCAGUGCCGUGAGGAAGACCACAGAAGGCCUUGGAAUGGAGAACAGAAAGAACCUUCAGUUUGGGAAGCUGUCUCAAACGCCACUUGAGCAUAUGAUAGCAUUCAUAGAAGAGAACAGCAUUGAUGAUUGGGCUAAAACCCAGUGGAGACAGAUUAAUGUGGAACAGAUGGACAUGGAGCUCAGAAGCUUUGCCAAGGAAAUGUGGUCUUUGGAUAGAAAAGUUCAUUCCUGGGAUGUGUAUAGGGCCUUGGACUAAAAGGCCAAGCAUCUGAUGUCAUCAUGGAGAGCAAUACUGGAGUUGCGAAAUGCCGCAAUUAGAGACAGACACCAGUACCGGGUCACAAACAUGACAAGUGUCAGGCUUUUAGUAGCAGAAGACAUUACCUUGACAUGCCUUCUGGGACUCCAGCUUCAUAAGGUAUUAUAGAGGAUGAAGUCCAAAGUAUAGUUGACGAUGCUGUGAAAGAAUUGGGUACUGGAAAGGUUUUGAGAGAAAUUAGACAAGAAUGUACUGCCAUGGAAUUUUCUUAUGAAGAGCAUCACAGGAAUGGAGCUCCUUUAUUAAAGACAGAUGGACAGCUGCUUCAAACUUUAGACCACAAUCAAGUGUUACAUUACUCUAACCCAUUCUCUGCACUUAACAAUGAGAUGUGCUCCUAUGGAACCAGCCAGCACAGACCCUGUGCCAUGGCUGUCCCUGACAUUGAACUGAUCUGUGAAAUGAUGUUGAUUGCAGAACAGUUUAUUGCUACACGCCUGUUAGCCAAGAAGCUUAUUAACUUGUAUAUUCUCUGCAGGGAACUGCUUCCUAAACAGUUAUGGAGUGCUGCUAUCGUGGAAGCAGGAAGGAAAGGGAAAGCGGUGAAUGUUAAGCAGCCCCAGAAAAAAGAGGAAGAGGGAUGCAAGAGCCUAUGUGUGAUUAAAUAGUUGUGCCUUCUGCAUUGGACUUCCAACACUGUCCUGAAACCACUGCAAGACUACAAGUGAUUAAAAAGAUGUCAUUUUACUCUGACCAUUACAGCUGGGGACCUCAUGCUAUCGAGUACAUUUUGGUAGCUGCUGGAUCACUGAAACAAGGAGAC